UCUCUGUUUUUAUCAUCUCUCUCUCUCUCGCUUAACUUGUAAAAGAGGAAGAAGAAGAAGAUGAAGGAAUCAUUCAAAGUGUGCUUCUGUUGUAUACGAAGCUUCAAGGUGAAAUCAAGUGAGCCACCUGAAGAAAUCAAGAACCUUUUCCAUGAGUACUCCCAAGACGACAGGAUGUCUGCGGAUGAGAUGCUCAGAUUCGUCAUCCAAGUUCAAGGAGAGAAACACGCUGACAUCAACUACGUCAAGGAUGUUUUCCACAUGCUCAAACACCACGGCCUUUUCCAUCCUCGUGGACUUCAUCUUGAAGCCUUCUACCGCUAUCUCCUCAGUGAUUUCAACUCCCCAUUGCCUCUCUCCCGCGAGGUUUGGCAAGACAUGAAUCAGCCUUUGUCGCAUUACUUCUUGUACACGGGACAUAACUCUUACUUGACUGGGAAUCAGCUGAACAGUGAUAGCAGCAUCGUUCCGAUUGUGGCAGCUCUGAAGAAAGGAGUUCGUGUAAUUGAGCUUGAUUUAUGGCCUAGCUCUUCUGGAAAAGAAGCUGAAGUUCGUCACGGCGGGACGUUAACGAGUUGUGAAGAUCUGCAGAAAUGUCUUGACGCUGUUAAGGAGAACGCGUUUGAGGUGUCUGAUUAUCCUGUUGUGCUUACCUUAGAGGACCAUUUGCCUCCAAAUCUUCAGAAGAAAGUCGCUAAGAUGGUGAGUAAGACGUUUGGAGAAUCUUUGUUUCAAUGUACCGACGAAUAUACAGAGUGUUUCCCUUCACCAGAAUCACUCAAGAAAAAGAUUUUGAUCUCAACAAAGCCACCUAAAGAGUAUCUUCAGACUCAAGUCUCUCAGGGUUCAACAACUGAUGAAUCCGUUAGAGCUAAAAAAAUUGCAGAUGCAGAAGAACAGGUUCAAGACGAAGAUGAGGAUAGUGUAGCUGUCGAAUACAAAGACUUAAUCUCGAUUCACGCUGGGAACCGCAAAGGAGGAAUGAAGAACUGCUUGAACGGAGAUCCUAACCGAGUCAUACGGCUAAGCAUGAGCGAGCAGUGGCUUGAGACUCUGGCUAAAACCCGUGGAUCUGAUUUAGUAAAGUUCACGCAGAGGAAUCUUCUGAGGAUAUUUCCCAAGACUACUCGAUUCGACUCAUCAAACUAUGAUCCUAUGGUUGGAUGGAUUCAUGGUGCUCAAAUGGUUGCCUUCAAUAUGCAAAGUCAUGGGAGGCAUUUGUGGAUGAUGCAAGGAAUGUUUAAAGCCAACGGUGGAUGUGGUUAUGUGAAAAAGCCUGAUGUGUUGCUCACCAGUGGUCCUGGAGGUGAAAUAUUUGACCCUUGUUGUCAAAACCUGCCGAUCAAGACAACUCUUAAGGUGAAGAUCUACACUGGAGAAGGAUGGAAUAUGGAUUUUCCUCUAGAUCACUUUGAUCGAUACUCUCCUCCGGAUUUCUACGCAAAGGUCGGCAUCGCAGGGGUUCCUUUGGACACAGCAAGUUACCGAACAGAAGUAGAUACAGAUGAAUGGUUUCCAAUUUGGGACAAGGAGUUCGAAUUCCCAUUGCGUGUUCCUGAGUUAGCGCUUCUAUGCAUAACAGUCAAAGACUACGACAGUAACACUCAGAACGAUUUCGCUGGCCAGAUAUGUCUUCCGUUGUCAGAGGUCAGGCCAGGUAUUCGUGCCGUGUGGCUCCAUGAUCGUGCCGGGGAGGUCUACAAGCACGUGAGACUGCUUAUGCGGUUUGUCUUGGAGCCUCGUUAGUUGCUUCGUGGAUGAUGUUCAUUUAUCACUCGAUCGUGUCAAUAAUAAACUAUUGUCGGUAUACACGUUUUUUUGGUGUGAAAUGUUAAGGUGUCGGUACGGUACACAUUACUCCAUUUGUUAGUGAUCGUACUAAGAAGCCACACGAUAAUAUCAGCAAAAUUAUACAAAA